GGAAGUGACGCACCGGAUGCGUCCCUCCUCCCGCAGAGGGGGCGGGGAAGGAAGAUGGCGGCGCCCAGCAGCCGGUGAGGGCAGAAGACACCGGGACCCUGGGGGGCGGCCGAACUCGUCCGUUAUGGCCGCAUCCCCGCAUGCUCUGUCCUCACGCCUCCUGACAGGUUGCAUGGGAGGAUGCGUUUGGUAUCUAGAAAGAAGAGCUCUCCAAGCACCCCCUGGCAAGUUUAUGCGUCUCUUUAGGAAUGUCCAUCAGCAGUGGAUUACAUUUCAGCACUUCACCUUCCUCAAACGCAUGUAUGUCACACAACUGAACAGGAGCCUCAACCAGCGAGUAAAACCAAAGCCGGAGCCAGAGGCCUCUUCUUUCCUUGAAAAAACGUCUUUAGGCCAAGACAAUGCAGAAAUGUAUGAGACAAGACCCCUCUCGCCCCCUAGCCUGUCUUUGUCCAGAAAGCCAAAGGACAAGGAACUGAUGGAACUAGAGCCCGAUUCGAUCUCCGAAGGGGCACUGAAUGUGGGAAAAGACGCAAAAGAAGAAAAGCAGUGGAAGGAGAUGAAGGUGCACGUGGAUGAUCUGCCAGGGAUUUUGGCCCGACUCUCCAAGAUCAAACUCACAGCUCUAGUUGUAAGCACCACUUCAGCUGGCUUUGCGUUGGCUCCGGGACCUUUCGACUGGCCCUGCUUCCUGCUCACUUCUCUCGGAACAGGCCUUGCAUCCUGCGCUGCCAACUCCAUCAACCAGUUUUUCGAGGUGCCAUUUGACUCAAACAUGAAUCGGACGAAGAACAGGCCUCUGGUCCGGGGACAGAUCAGCCCCCUGCUCGCCGUGGCCUUUGCCACUUGCUGUGCCGUCCCAGGCAUCGCCCUUCUGACCUGGGGGGUGAAUCCCCUCACAGGAGCCCUGGGCGUCUUCAACAUCUUCCUGUACACCUGCUGCUACACGCCGCUGAAGAGAAUCAGCAUCGCCAACACGUGGGUCGGGGCCGUGGUCGGGGCCAUCCCCCCUGUCAUGGGCUGGACCGCAGCGACCGGCAGCCUGGAUGCUGGCGCCCUUCUGCUCGGAGGGAUCCUGUACUCCUGGCAGUUUCCGCAUUUCAAUGCCCUGAGCUGGGGCCUCCGCGAAGACUACUCCCGGGGCGGCUACUGCAUGAUGUCCGUCACCCACCCGGGGCUGUGCAGGCGCGUGGCGCUGCGCCACUGCCUGGCCCUCAUCGCGCUCUCCACCGCGGCCCCCAUGCUGGACGUCACCACGUGGACCUUCCCCGUCAUCUCGCUGCCCAUCAACCUGUACAUCUCCUACCUCGGCUUCCGCUUCUACGCGGAUGCGGACCGCAGGAGCUCGCGGAAACUCUUCUUCUGCAGCCUGUGGCACCUGCCGCUGCUCCUGCUGCUGCUGCUCACCUGCAAGCGGCGGCCGGCGGGCCCCGCGGACCCCGCGGACCCCGGCCAGCUCCCCAGCUGAGAACGCCGCUGGGCAGCGAGGGCCGGAUGGGGAAGCAGGAAACCCCGACGCGCAGACGCACAGUUCUCCCUUUGCUGUGAGGCCAGAGUAGCCGGGUCAUCCCGGAGCUGCCCAAGAGGAGAAAUGGCUGGAUUUAGUACAGUGUGUUAAAACUGGUGCUCGGCGGUCACUUGACAGCUUUUUUUUUUUUUUAAUGAUAGUACCCAAACUACCGAACUACAGGUAGGCUCCCACAGUACAAAGAAUAUUUUUUUUUCUCUUGGCCGGUCUGUAUACAUCUCCUUUUGCCAACCAAUGGCACGCCCCAUGUUUUUUCUUUUUCACAGGAAUGUACACACGUGCCUCUUCUUUUCUGGCCCAACAUACACAUGCAUCUGUAGAUACACAUGCAUGUACACAUAGGCAUAUACACACAUUCAUAUACGCACACACAUGCACUGCAUAUAAUGUAUGUGUGUGCAUGCAUGUGUGCACACGUGCACAUGCGUGUAUGCACACGCACCUGCGUGUGUGCACAUGUGCAUGUGUGCAUACAUGCAUGCGCACAGAUACACACGUACAUGCACGCAUAUACGCACUCCCCACCUUCCAGCCGUGGUGGCAGUCGGUAUGCAGACAGGGUGAGCGCCUGGCGCCUGGUGCCUGCAGCUCUGUGUCCUCAGGGCCCCCCACGUCCUCGGAAGAAGCAGGCACCCCCUGUGAGUGAGCCAGGGCCCACCCCAGCUUUCUCUGCUCCACAGAUAUCCCAAGCACACGUCCCACCAAUAACAGGACACCAGAGGUGGGCCACUGUGCACCGCGGCAGUAGGGGGGCCUCCAAACGGUUGUCUGGGGCCUUGCAAACUGGACUGCCAGUCCCUGCGCCCCUCCUGCACCCUCCUGACAUAUCAGUGGUUCAGAAACUCCAAGGAAUCGAAAGUACCUUCAUAGCUCGCUUUGAAAUGGAGGCUCUAUCUGAGCGUUUCUCACCGGAACAGUGGCAUGAGCCAUCCGCCCCUGAUCCCAUGACCACACGCGCUGGCCGGGCUCUGGCUGCCCUGCCCUCUCCAGGCUUCGCCAAAAGAGAAGUCAGAAUCAGGUGUGAGCCGGGCUAGCCAGCCCACAGAACUCCCAUACUGUCCCUUUUGUGAAAAAUACCCUUCCACCUGGUGUCUGCCCAGUUCGGAAAUCAGCAUCCACAGGGCCAAGGCUUUAAGAGCCACAGGCAGGGGCUGGGCUCCCUACGGGGGUGGCUUGGGUCCUGGGAGCGUUGUGAGUCACUGUGUGCACUUGUGGGUCUUCAGGCCUUCCCAAACCCACCCCCACCCAGGUCCCUAUAGAGUCCCAUGAGCCUGGCGGGCGUGAAGCGCCGCACGGCGCCUGAAUGUCGUCUAGGGGACGGCAGCCCUGCAGGGACUCUUUCAAGGGGUUUCAGCAACAUUUUUAUUACACAAUGACAGAUCGUAGGAUUUUUUUUUUUUUAGUCCGAUGUGAAAUUUAAACAGCUCACUGUCUGCACGGUGCCUGCUCUCUGAGAAAUGCCUAGAGCGCUGGCGGUAGCAUCCGAUGCCUACGAUUGCUUCUCUGAAAUAGUCCCUCGUGGCUGUGUCCAGGCGAUGUGCUGUGGGGAACACAGCGUAGGAGUGUCUGGAGAGGGUGUUGCGAAAGCUUGCCAUAGUUCUCAGGUCGGUAAACUGUUGAUUCUCUUCCGCUUCUGCAGUAGAACUGCAGAAAAACAGGAGCGUUCGAGGCCACUCGGUUGCUCAUCCUGGGCUCAGUUCGCACACUUCAGCAGGACUGCUGACACUGGACGUCGUGAGCCAGCAGGGCACAGCAGGUGCCUAUUUAUUCCCCCCCCCCCUUAAUUUUUAUUUUUUUAAUUGUCAAUUGGAAAAAUGACAGUUGUAUGUAUUUAUGGGAUCCAAAGUGAUGCUAUGAUGUAUGAAUACAAUUCAUAACUAAAUAAAGUUAAUUUACAUAUC